CCAAAUAGGCGGCAAUGGCACGGCCGGUUAAGAGGCAAGCACCACAAGGAGCACCAGCAGAGGAGAUUAAGGAGGAACACCUUUUGGCUUUCAUUCUGAAGAAGGAAUAUAAAGAUGAAAAUAAAUGCAAAGGAGAACUCAAGAAAUAUUGUGAAGAGUUGGAGGAAAUAGAUGGUGGUUCCGAUGUGAAUAAAAAAGUUAAAGAAAUUUGUGAUAAAACAAAACGAGACGGAAAAUGCAAAGACCUGAAAGACAAAGUUGAAGCAGAAUUGGACACUUUUGAAGAUGAACUUCAAGAUGCAUUGGCAGAUAUAAAAGAUGAAAAUUGUAAAAAAUAUGAAGAAAAAUGUAUACUUUUAGAAGAGACGGAUUAUAGUGUUGAUAUUAAGAAUGGCUGUCCCAGUUUGAGGGAGAAAUGUUACGAAUUGAAGCGUAAAAAGGUGGCAGAGGAGCUUCUUUUGAGGGCGCUCGGAAAGGAAGCUAAAGAAAAAAACACAUGUGAACUAAAGAUGAAAACUGUUUGCCCAGUGUUAAGCCGAGAAAGCGACGAAUUGAUGUCUUUCUGCCUUAAUCCGACUAAAACAUGUGGAGAGCUGGGGAAAAAAUUGGUUGAAGUUUGCAAACCUUUACAAACAAAAUUGGAGAAAGAUUUAGAGGAAAAGUGUCAUGAAAGACUUGAGAAAUGUCAUUUUUACGGAGAAGCGUGUACUGGUGCGAAAUGUAAGGAUGAUAAGGAGCAAUGCGAGAAAAAUGGAGUCAUAUAUAAAGCGCCAGAAUCUGAUUCUAGUCCGGUCAAGCCGAAGCCGUCGUUGUUAAGAAGUAUUGGGUUUGAUGAUGUGUAUAAAAACGCGGAAAAACAUGGGAUUAUUAUUGGAAAAUCAGGAGUGGAUCUACCAAGGAAGUCAGGUACAAAAUUUCUGCAAGAUCUCUUGCUACUGUUGAGCAGAGAUGAGAAUAAUAAGGAUACAGUAAAAAAGUGCACUAAAGCGUUAGAAAAAUGCAAAGAUCCUAAGUAUUUGGAUCAUAAUUUUAAAGAGUUAUGUAAAAAUGAAACUACUAAAACCGAAAAAUGCAAAGAAUUACUAAAUGUAGAAGAAAGAUGUACGAAACUCAAAUUAAAUCUUCAUGUGAAAGGGUUGUCUACAAAAUAUGAUGAUAAAGAAUCAGAACUUUUAUCGUGGGGAAAGCUUCCAACCUUUUUUAUAAAAGGAGAGUGUGCAGAACUUGAGUCGGAAUGUUUCUAUUUAGAAAAUGCGUGUAAUAAUAAGAUUGAUGAAGCAUGUCAAAAUGCAAGAGCAGCGUGCUAUAAAAAGGGACAAGACAGGAUGUUGAAUACGUUGUUUCGAGAGGAGAUGAAGGGAAAGCUUGCUAAUAUAAAAUAUUUUAACGAUACUAAAAGUUGCAAAAAAUCUGUGGCAGAAAAGUGUGCAGGACUUGAUAAAAGAUACUUUUCAAAAUGUCUUUAUCCUAAAGAACUAUGUUAUGCGCUUUCAGAUGAUAUUUUUCUUCAAUCAAAAGAGUUAGGUGUGCUUUUGGAUGAUCAGAGAGAUUUUCCAUUAGAAAAGGAUUGUCUUGAAUUGGGGGAGAAGUGUGAUCAACUUAGUAGUGAUUCAUUAUUGAAUUUAGAAAAGUGUAUAACAUUGAAAAGACGCUGUGAAUACUUUAAGGUUACAGAAAGAUUUAGAAAAGUAUUUUUAGAAAGAAAAGAUCAUUCAUUAUAUAAUGAGCAAAAUUGUACGAAGGCGUUGCAUGAGAAAUGCCAUCAAUUAUAUAGGAGGAGAAAGAAUUCAUUUAGUGUUUCAUGUGCUUUACCAGAAGAAACAUGUAGUUAUAUGGUAUUCCAUACAAGUCAAGAUUGUAGUAGUUUAAAAGUCAACAUCAAGAAUGAAAAAAUUCUAGAAAAAAUUGGAGCAAAUGGAAAUGAAGCAACACUCGAAGAACUCUGCACAACAUGGGGCCGACAUUGUCACCAACUUGUGGAGAAUUGUCCAGAUCAGUUGAAAAAAAAAGAUGAUAAAGAUAAUCAUAACUGUGAUGAACUCGAAAAAAAAUGCAGUGAAACUUUUGAAAAGUUGAAAGCAAAGGAUGAUUUGACUCACCUGUUGAAAGGCAGUUUAAGCGAGGAAGAAAAAUGUAAAGUAGCAUUAGGAAAGAAUUGCACUGAGUUGCAAAAGGAUAAUACAUUCAAAAUUCUGCUUACUAAUUGUGAAGAGGGCACCAAGGGAACUGUUUGCAAAGAAUUAGUUGAAAAACUAAAAAAGAGAUGUCCUACUUUAAAAGACGGACUGAAUAAAGCGAAAGAUGAGUUGACAGAGAAGAAAAAAGAAUACGAUGAGCUCAAAAAGGCGGCAGAAGAAUCUACGGAGAAAGCUAAGUUAUUGCUAUCAAAGUCUGGAAAAGUCGCAAUGCCAAGUGGACAGGAUAGCAAUGGUUCUGGACCAGUACCAGCACCAGCAGGAUCAGGAUCAGGGUCGCCAUCAUCACCAGCAGUGCCACCACCACCAGGGUCACCACAAAAUGGAACGCCAGGCACACCAGGUGGAGAAACAGGCGCAUCAGGUGGAACACCAGGCACACCAGGCACACCAGGCGGAGCUCCAGGGACACCAGGUGGAAUGAUGAAGUAUGCAAAACUUGGACUCGUUAAAAGAGCGUAUGUAGACGGAGGUGUAUCAGAAGCAGAGGUAAAAGCAUUUGAUGCAACGACAAUAGCAUUGGAAUUGUAUUUGGAAUUGAAAGAAGAAUGUAAAGCUUUACAACUAGAUUGCGGUUUUAGAGAGGAAUGUCAGGAAUCUAAACAAGCUUGCGAAAAAAUAGACGAGUUAUGCGGAGGAAUAAAACCAUUAGAAAUUAAGCCUCAUCAUACAGAGACGCAAAAAGAAAUCUCAACCACUACGACGACCACUACAACGACCACUACGACGACUACUACCACGACUACUACCACGACUACUACGACAACCAAGCCGGGAAGUGGAGGAAAAGUAACAGAAGAGUGUACAAUGAUACAAACAACAGAUACAUGGGUGACAAGUACGUCAUUGCAUACGAGUACGAUAACGAGUACAUCGACGGUGACGUCCACAGUGACGUUGACCUCGAUGCGCAAGUGCAAGCCUACCAAAUGUACUACUGAUUCAAGCAGAGAGACAGAUAAAGGAGGAGAAGGAGAAGAAGAUGUAAAACCGAAUGAGGGAAUGAAAAUAAGAGUCCCUGAUAUGAUUAAAAUAAUGUUAUUGGGAGUGAUUGUUAUGGGGAUGAUGUAAAAUGAAUGAAAAAAUGUUAAUAGAUUGAAAAU